AUGACUGAACGAACGUCUUUCCCCGACAACUUCUGGCUCGACAGGGUUGUCGAGUUCGAGAAAGUUGAUGGCGAUAACAACCGUGUCACCACGCAGUGGCAGAUCGAGAAGAAGUUGGAAGAGAAGCACCAUCUGGGGAGCAAAGAAGACUGGGAGGACUUUAAUAGGAAGAAGCCUAUGAUGGCAAUUGCUCGCUUCAACUGUGUCAAUGCCAGCGAUCCCAGCGAAUAUGCGUUCAUGAAAGUAAUCCCGUAUGCAGGCUCGGAGUUUGACCUGCCCAGUGUCAGGGCUGCACAAGCAUUACCAAAUGCUAAAAUCAAUGAAGAAACCUCUUUGGUUACCUUGACAAAAAGGGGGUGCAAGUCGUCACCACCACUCCGCAACCGAAAGAGAGAAAUACAGGACGAUAGCUCACCAUUUGUUCCUACAGGCUUUAUAGUCUAUCUUGUGACAGACGUACUGCCUGGAACUAUUCUGGAGCGCGAUGACUACUGGAAGCUUGACUAUAAUGAGCGUACUAAAAUUCGCCUAGCUUUCAAGGCUGCGUACGAGGAUUGUUUGAGCUGUGGUAUUGUUCAUACUUUUGGUUUCUUGGGCACCAAUCUGCUUUGGGAUAAUAUCACUCAGACAAUUUCCAUCCUAGGCUUUCGCAAUAGCAAGCCUGCGACUAAAGAGGACGCUUGGGAUGAUAACCAGUGGGUUGGCUGGGGAUUUGGCCGACGUGUCAAAGGUUUACGGAAACAUGCAGGACCAUUACCACAAAAUAUGAUACGAGGUCGAAGAGACAAGGAGGUAUACGAAUUGUGA